AUGAAUGAGAUGAGGGAAGAUAGGACUCGGCAUAGGAGAGACGAUUCUCCUCCGCAUACGGCUACGGUGAUUCCUACACCGAUGCCAACUUUUAUGCCAUUUGUUACUACUGCUCCUACAUAUGUACCCCAUACUUCUGCUGACCCGACUUAUGUUGCUCAGACAUCUGGGGCUGUUGAACAAGUUGUUGACGAUGCUGCAGAUGAGCGAAGGCUCAUAUCAUUUAGAAAACACAAACCACCGGCAUUUCUGGGGUCAAAGGACCCGAAAGAGGUUACUACAAGGCUGAGGGGGAUGGACAAAAUAUUCCAGGUUAUGAGGUGCCAGAAUCCUCAGAAGUUAUUGUAUUCGGUGUAUAUGCUGGAGGGUGAUGCCCACGAAUGGUGGUGCAACACAUCUUGCCCUUUUACUAUUCAGGGGGAAGAAAUCACAUGGGCCUUAUUCGAAAGAUUAUUUCAGGACGAGUAUUUUCCCAGGGUUGUUCGGGAAGCCAAGCAGGGUGAAUUUGAUAAGUUGGUACAGGGUACUAUGACUGUUGAUACCUAUGUGGUGAAAUUUAAUGAGUUGGUUAAGUUUGCGAACUACGGGGGUAUACUGCCGACUCCUGAGUUUUUAUUUGCUAAAUUUCAGAGGGGAUUAAAUGAGAAGAUAGCAAAAAGAAUGUCUAAUACUGCCGUGAGAAAUUUUGUUGAUCUGGUUACACAAUGCAAGAGAGUGGAGACUGUUUAUAGUAGGUAUCCUAAAUCUACUGCUAUUAAGGAUAAUGAGAUCAAGAAAACUGCUAAUUCUAAUUCUUCCUGGAAGUAUAAUAAGGGUAAAGGUCUACUAGUGAAGCAAUCUGCUGAUAGGUUCAAGAGGGGUGGGAACCCUAAGAGUGAAAAUACUGGUAAAAGUGAAGUUCCUUAG